GACAUCAUAUCAUAGAGUCAAAAACAAAACAAAAUGGCGACCGAAGACGAUGGUUUAAUACACGCCGCAAAAAGAUGUCAACUUCUUUCUCGUGUUAAAUCUACAGUUGAUGGGUUGUUGGCGAAUCAUAGCACCAAUGUUUGGUCCGUUUAUGGCGGCCUUUCUAGACUGACUGAGGAUAUUGAAAAUAUUUUACAGCAUGGAUUAAAAAAUCAGCAGAGUUUAUUUGGUGAUCAUACUGACUACACAAUAUUCAUCAAGAAAAUACAACCAGACAAAUCACCACACACGAUACAGAAAAGCCCGACAGACCCAUCUGAUAAGGGCCGCCUGUGGAUAGAAAAUGCUUUAUUAGACCAUUGUUUAUCUAUUUAUUUACAAAAACUUGUUGGGAAUAAACCACAUCUCAAAAGUUGUUAUCAAGAUUAUGCAUUUCUUAGAAGCAACUCACACUUUCAAGCUCUUUGUACAUGUUUACAAGCCAUAGAGAAAAGUGACCCAAGCCUGCUAACCGAAGUCAACCAAACUCUGCUUGACAAAUGCCAGUACAUUGAGGAAUGGCUGACUGCAAAUGAAGAUGUGAAUCAAGGAGCCAAAACAGAACUACCUAGGAAACCUUUAGGAAUGCAUGAAAGUAGUUUCUUGAAAGACAAUUUGAAUAUAGCUUACUCAGACAGUGGUGGAAGUGAAAGAGAAGAAUUUGAAAGCAUCGCAACACAGUGCAAGAACGGGAAAAAAUCAGACAAUGAUAGCAGCGAUACUGAAGACGAACUUGAUUUUAGUACAGAAAAUAAUGGAAAAGAUCUUAGUUCUUCUCCUCAAAUUGUCAAUAAUGAAUUCAUGAACAUUCAAGAACUAAAAUUAGCAAGGGAAAGGCUAAAACUUCAAGGUUUCAAAGCUGUCCAACCCAAAAGAAAGAUAAGCCAAGUGACCCUUGCACAAGCAGCAUUAUCUGUUGUUUUGGAAAAAGAGGAAAGAAGUCCAAGUCCUUCUCAAUGGUUUGACGCAGAAGGAUUUUUAAACACCAAAAGGAGUACAAGUUUAAAUAAUGUUCACAGUAGUGAGAAUUUUACAGGUAUUUUACAAAGUCAGAAAUCGUCUACGCUUCCUGAUACAAGAACUAAGAGGAAAAGUGUUUGUCAGGAAGACCUUGUUGAUGGGACUGUCUGUAUUGGUGAGCCCUCGAGUAGGGUUCUCAGUGAAUUUGAAAUAAAGAAAGCAAUAGGACACAACAGAUCAAAGUCAGAUCAAAUUGGACUUAACAAGAUGAGAAAGAUCCAAGUUGAGAGCAUGGAAGAACUACCUAAUGAGCGGUUACGCUCAAACUCGGAUUCCAAUUCGGAGGAAUCUGUAGUUAGACUGUCCUCAUCUCUACCCAGCAACUCAGUUUCUUUUUACUACAAUGACCCUUUAUACCCAAGUCAAGAGGAACAAUCUCUGGCGACAAAGCUGGCAUCUGAGGACCUGAGCUCUUGUGAAAUGGAUAAAGAAAACGCUCAUUUCAGCAUAUCAGAGGCUUUGAUAGAAGCUAUAGAACAGAUGAAGUGUGACGAGAUCAUUGGGUCUGAUGAUGAUGAUGAAUAUGAUGAAGAUGAGGAGAUCCAGCAGCUGAAGCAGGAGAUCGAGCGGCGGAAGAUUGAGAAGAAACAAGAAAAGCUUCGACAGCAGCCGGCCUUCAGUGACGACACAGGAACAUCUGGGCAGGACAGCUUGGCAUCUGGACCGAGCACAACCUCAGCCUCCUCAAAAUCCAGCUGUUACCCGGAAACUGAUGACAGUGAUGCCGAGUGGGAGGAGCUACCGCGCAGAGAUGAGCACGUGCCUGACCUCGCCCAGUUUUCCUCCUCAGAGACCACACUAGUCUCGGAAUCUGACCUCUCUAAUAAAUCUGGACUAAAGGUCGAUAGCAUCGAGUUCAGCACUUCCCCUCCCCUUUCGGCAGAAGCUGUCGCCAAAAGCCUUUUGCAAAAGUUCGCCAACAAAAAGCACCCGGCAGCGUCCGAACUUCAGUGGCUUGUCUCCGAGAACGACGUGCCCCAGUCUUUACUACCGCUGCCCCAGACGUACGCGGUCGCACCUGAUGAUGUGUUGAGCGACCACGAGGAGUCUGGGAAAAUAAAGCAAAAAACGUCAGCACGAUGCCGCAUGCGCGGAAAUAUGGAGUGGGCACCACCUCGCCAGCAAGUCAUCUUCCACGUGCACCCCUCGAAGAAGAGGAAAGUUCUAAUGGAGCAACAGAAUUACCGCUGUGCAGGAUGUGGGAUGCGCGUAGACCCAGAUUAUAUGAAGCGCUUUCGCUACUGUAAUUACCUCGGCAAGUACUUCUGUAGCAGCUGUCACCAGAACGAGCCGAUGGUUAUUCCUGCGCGAAUCGUACGGCGUUGGGACUUUAGAAAAUAUGAAGUCUCUAAAUUCGCUAAAGACUUACUAAAUAAUAUCCACUACGACCCGCUGUUUAACAUCAAGGAUCUGAACUCCGCACUGUACCAGCGGGUCCGCGCCCUCGCUGAAGUCCAGACCCUCCGUAAGCAGCUGUACUUCUUCCGGACCUUCGCCCAAACAUGUAGAAAAGCAACCGAGUUGCGUCAGGAUCUUGCCCGUAUUCCCGACCACAUUUUUACGGAGGAACAUUUAUUUUCCGUGGAGGACUUGUUACAGGUUAAAAGCGGGGAGAUGGUCAUGCUGUUUCGCAGUCUCGUAACACGAUCCUAUAGACACAUCAGCGAUUGUCCGCUGUGUCAAGCUAAGGGUUUUAUCUGCGAGUACUGUAGAGAUGGCGAUGACAUUAUCUUCCCUUUUGAGCUCCAGCGAGUCGUACAGUGCGUUGAUUGUCGAGCCUCAUUCCACAAGGGCUGCUAUGUGAAAGGGAAAUGCCCGAAAUGCGAAAGGAUACGAAUUCGUAAAAGCCUCAUCUCCGCCCCAAGCCUCACAGAUGAAGAGGCAGACAAUGCACGCCCGCGAGUCUCCGAAGACAUUGACCUGCGGUAGCACAUGCUGAUAUAUCCUCGAAUAUUUGAAUAAUUUUUAUUGAGCCUUUCAAGGUUUUUAGGUGGUCGUUAAAAGUUUUCUAAAUGUUUGAAAUUUGAGAGAAUUUAUUGGCAAUUGAAUUUUUCAGUAUUUUUUUAAAUAAUACCCAAUGGAAUGAAUAAAGCAUUUUCCAAAUUUUUAAAGUGAUUUUCCAAAAUGUUUUCCGGCUUUAAUACCCCUCCAAAUUGAACACUACCAACAUUGCAAUUGACAAAUGGCAGUUCUACGACCUAAAGGACCCAGGGAUCCAAGAAUAUUUGUUUGAGAUUCAGAAUAAUAUAAAUAAAACAUAACGACUUCUUAUUUGAUAUAAUAAAUAUAUGAUUCUGACU